CCGGAGGGGCGCGGGGGCUGCCCGCCCGCCGGGCGCGGGGCUCCUGCGCCCGCCCUCCCCCGCCUGCCUCCCGCCUAAGCCGCGAUCGCUCCCCCCCUUCCCCCGCCGAGGCGAAGCUGGAGCCGCAGGAGAUCCGCCGGGCACAGGGAGGGGACAGGGAUGGGUUGUUUUCUCUCCCCCGCCCGCCCCGAGACCUGAGGAGAUGCAGCCCAAGUUCGCCGCGAUGACUCUGCUGCUGGCACCGGGGUUUCUCCGCGGCAUCGCAGCCUCCGGACCGCCUGAAUCCUGCUCCCUCUGAAUCGUCGGCGCCGGGUUAAAGCUCAGUUCUCAUGUUGUGGUUGCUGGGCUGCCGCGCUCCCGUUUUGCGAUGGGAGGUGGAGGAAAAGGGAUUGUCCGUGAGUCAACACCGAAAACGUGAUUAGGAUGAACUGCUUUCACUAAUCUGUUUCUAACCUUUCAGUCCAUGUUGGCCUGUGACCCCUCUCAGCUUUCACAUCCAGCCUGAUCAGACCACGACCCUGGUCUCCCUAUGGAAGCAACUGUUUGUAUCUGGCUUUGAGGUCCCAUGGAGAAGCUGAGGAGGGGGAUGGCUCUUCAUAUCCAUGAAGCCUGGAUACUUCUGUUUGUGCUCCCUGGUUUGGUCACUCCAGCUGCCAUCAAUCAUGAAGACUACCCCGCUGAUGAAGGGGACCAGACCUCCAGUAAUGACAAUCUGAUCUUUGAUGAUUACCGGGGGAAGGGCUGUGUGGAUGACAGUGGCUUUGUGUACAAACUGGGAGAACGUUUUUUCCCAGGACAUUCCAACUGUCCCUGUGUCUGUACUGAGGACGGACCUGUUUGUGAUCAACCAGAAUGCCCUAAAAUCCACCCAAAGUGCACAAAAGUGGAACACAAUGGAUGCUGUCCAGAAUGCAAAGAAGUGAAAAACUUUUGUGAAUAUCAUGGGAAAAAUUACAAAAUCUUGGAGGAAUUUAAGCCUUCGCCAUGCGAAUGGUGUCGCUGCGAGCCCAGCAAUGAAGUUCACUGUGUUGUAGCAGACUGCGCAGUCCCCGAGUGUGUCAACCCGGUCUAUGAGCCAGAGCAGUGUUGUCCUGUCUGCAAAAAUGAAAUUCCUGAAAUGGCCAGAUUUUAAGAUUGCACUUAAACCCCCUUCAGUGCCAGUCUAUGCAAUGUGCUGGUUGGUUGUGCAGAUGCGAGGGAAUGUGCCCAGCCAAGGAGAAGAAGUGCUCCCCACGCCGGAUUUUGCUGGACUCCACCAUUCUCUCCCCAGGUCCUGGCAGCUGAAGGCAGUAGCAUAGCAUAGCCACAUCACCCUGCAUGGCUGGGAAUUACUGAUGGCAGCCAACUUUUGGGGCACUUGGUCAUCCCCACAGCCACCACCCCCUUCAGGGGUCAGCCCGAGGGGCCACGGGGAGGACUGGAUAAUGCUCUUUGUGAUGACCAGCAGGAACUGUGCUGCCCUCUUGGCUCAAUUGAAGCAGUGAUUUGAUUACCAACAGAGGAAAGAAAGGAUUGAUUUGAAAGCUGGUAGAAGAUCAAGACUGAAAAUGAGGAGGUGUAUUUGGGCCAGGCAGACACCACACUGACAAAAUACUCCAGUGCUUGCUUUACUGUUCCUUGAGAAGUCAUUUCCAUGAAACUGAUUGUCAGUGGAGCUCGUCCAUCUGGUCACUUCAGGCCAAGGGGUUAAAGGCUGAAUGCUGAACUUGCUGGGGAGAAUUAGACACGAAAGCAUCUGUCAAGAGCUGGAUCCUCCAUUGCCUUGGAAAUCUCCAGCACUUGGAUUCUCCAGAUGCUCAAAUGCCCUGCUGACUCAAGACUGGUCACAGCUGUUGGAAGAGGCCUCUAUAACAGUGAAAAGCUUUGGAAAAAUUGAAACCUCCAAAAUUAGCCAUCCUGAUGUUAGACAGCAUCAGGGAGGGCUGAGUUGAAUCUGCUACCUUGUGAAGUUUCAGAGGAAGUGAGACCGAGAACAACGAGGGAGAGGAAAAGCCUUUAGAGAACAAAAAAGCCCUGAACCGAGCAGCACUUCAUGUGAUUAAGCCCGUCCUACAGCUCAGCGCUCACACAAAGCCGGGGUGCUGGGCUGUGCAGUGGCAGGGAUGCUGCUGGAAGAGCUCCAUUCCAGGGAGCUGCAGCCUGGAGCCAGCGGGACAGCCGCCCCUGAACCUGGUGUGUUCACCUGCACGGGUCACCUGCUGCUUCCCAAGCCUCUGUGUUCUCUGCCUCUGCCCGGCAAGCAAGAAAGGGACAAUUCACAAAUUAAACACGGCAGGAAAAGGCUCUGCCUGACUGCUGAAGGCCAGGCAGGAGCUGAAAGCUGCUACCCUGAAUUUGUACCCCAGGUCCUAACCAGGCUUCUGUGCUCCCACCACAGCAGAGUUCAGAUGAAUGUAACAGGCACCCUGAAGAGUGAGGGAGGAUCACGAGGAGCCAUUGGAGGCACAGGACCAGCUCCAAAGCUCUCUUUCAGCAGACACGGCUCUCAGAUGUGGGAAACACGUUACCUGCUCUGCAUUACUCUUCAAACUCAGAAAUAUUUAUGAAGAAGCUUUUGCUCAUCAUGAUUGUUCCCCCUCGGGGAGAUGUUGCUGAAGUUUGUGUGCACUGGCCUGUGAGAGUGGUAGUUCAAGGUUCGCUAUCAUCAUGAUCGUGUCUUGUAGAGAAGGGGUGGCUUAGGGGUUCUUUGGAGGGGAGGGAGAGUUCCUAGAUUCCCAUUGGGAAGCCAGGUUCCUUUGCAGAACACAAGGAGCCUGGGCAGCACUGCAAUUGAAGCAGGCAUUGUAUUGCUGUUCACCACCUGGUUCUUGGUGUGACUUUAAAAUACCAGAAGUGACUUUAUGAUCCAACGACAUUGCUAUAAAUAAUUUUGCAGCAAGAGAAGCUGAAAGCCAGAUCCUGUGUCGGUGUCACGUGGUGUAAAACACAGCAUUUCUUACUCUGAUUUACUCCAGCUGAGGAUCUGACCUGCUGAUAGCUCUGGGUGGCUCAGAGGCACAUUGCAGGAGGCUGGGGCGUUUCGCAUGGUCAGGGGCUCUGAAGGGAUUAGAGAGGGUUUGCUUUGGCUGCUCCAGAAGGCUGGGAUUGUGAAGCGUGUCUGUGUGAGAAGAGUGGCAGACACUGUCUUCAUGUAUUUCUGAUUUGCUGAAUGUUUAAUGCUUCUUUAUUGGAGCCUACACGUAUGUAGAGUAGAGGUCUUUAAGAAGGGGUUGACUUACUUCAAAUAAUUUAUGUCUGAGCUGCUCCUUUUACAUGAAAUGCAGACUUUACAGAGCAAAGAGACUGUAAUGAAAAUAUGAAUUAAAGAUUAGAGCCAACCAAGUCUGACAACACUUAGAAUUAAGAAAGACACUUAAAAGUUUUCUCGUGCUUCCUUUCCUUCUCUCCACCUUUCCCACAGCUCCAUCCCCUCUCCUUUGGCAGGGUGCUGCAUUCCAGGGCAGCCUUCUGUCCCUCCCACGCGGGCACAGCUCUGCGAAGGAAGCAGGGCAGUGAUUUCAACCUGGCUGUUACUGUGUGGCCAUACGCUACCCCAGCCUGUCACUUGCCAGCUCACCCAUCACUUUGGCUGGAGAGAAUAAAAAGGGGGUUGAAGGUGUGUUUUUCUUCAUGUUUCUCCCUGAUUUGCUGGUGAAGUGCCUCACCUGGGCAGAACAAAAAUAAGUGCAGUUUUGGUGGAGCCGUUUGCCAGAGGGACCCUCAGUUUGGCGCAGCACAGCCAGGUGAGGGUGCGAGGACACCGUGUGUGGGCGGCGGUGGUGCUGCCGCGUGACAGGGGUGGAGCUGUGUGCCUGGGGGAGGUUCCUGCAGGACAGGGAGGGGCUGGGACAGUGCCAGCCGUCACCUAACUCCCUGUUGUGCGAGGUGCUCUGCUGUCCAGA